AUGACUGUGCCUCAGCUGGUGACCCACUGGACAGUCGAGGGGAGCUGCUGUUGUCACCAAGCCUGCCUGGGGCCAUCCUCAGCUCCCAGCUUCUCCUCCCACAUGGAGCAGCAUCCCCAUCCUUUGUUCUCAGCCACGGGAGGUCCCAGGCUCCUCAGGGACUUGGUCACCAGGAGGUCUCAGGUGUCCCCGCCCCCCCUGCCCCCCUUCCCAGCCCCCCAGGAGGAGGAGGGGGAUGGCGCCGAGGCAGAGCCCGACACCCGGGCCAUGGUGCGGGCCCAGAACCAGAAGAAGAAGAAAUCCGGGGGCUUCCAGUCCAUGGGCCUCAGCUACCCUGUCUUCAGGGGCAUCAUGAAGAAGGGGUACAAGGUGCCCACCCCCAUCCAGAGGAAGAGCAUCCCCCCCAUCCUGCGCGGGAGGGACGUGGUGGCCAUGGCGCGGACGGGCAGCGGGAAGACGGCCUGCUUCCUCAUCCCCAUGUUCGAGAGGCUGAAGGCGCCCAGCCAGGCCGGGGCACGUGCCCUCGUCCUCUCGCCCACCCGAGAGCUGGCCCUGCAGACCCUCAAGUUCACCAAGGAGCUGGGCAAGUUCACAGGCUUGAAGACAGCCCUGAUCCUGGGAGGAGACAAGAUGGAGGACCAGUUUGCUGCCCUGCAUGAGAACCCCGACAUAAUCAUUGCCACCCCCGGGCGCCUGGUGCACGUGGCAGUGGAGAUGAAGCUGAAGCUGCACACGGUGGAGUACGUGGUGUUUGACGAGGCCGACAGGCUCUUUGAGAUGGGCUUUGCUGAGCAGCUCCAGGAGAUCAUCGCCCGGCUCCCAGACUGUCACCAGACUGUCCUUUUCUCCGCCACGCUGCCCAAGCUGCUCGUGGAGUUUGCCCGGGCUGGGCUCACCGAGCCGAUGCUGAUCCGUCUGGAUGUGGAGUCCAAGCUCAGCGAGCAGCUCAAGCUGGCUUUCUUCCACGUGCGUGGGGACGACAAACCUGCCGUGCUGCUCCACCUGCUCCGGAGUGUGGUGAAGCCCCAGGACCAGACCGUUGUCUUUGUGGCCACCAAGCACCACACGGAGUAUCUCAAGGAGCUGCUGACAGCUCAGGGCAUCCGCUGCACCCACAUCUACAGCUCGCUGGACCAGACCGCCCGCAAGAUCAACAUUGCCAAGUUCUCCCAGGGCAAGUGCCCGGUGCUGCUGGUCACUGACGUGGCCGCCCGUGGGCUGGACAUCCCCAUGCUGGAUAAUGUCAUCAACUACAGCUUCCCUGCCAAGGCCAAGCUCUUCCUGCAUCGUGUUGGUCGUGUGGCCCGGGCUGGCCGGAGUGGCACUGCCUAUUCCCUGGUGGCUCCUGAUGAGAUGCCCUACGUCUUUGACCUCCAUCUCUUCCUGGGGCACCCGCUGGUCCUCGCUGGUGCCCAGGAGUUGCCCGCAGAUGCUGGUGGGGUCCUGGGCCGUGUCCCCCAGAGCCUGGUGGAUGACGAGGAGUGCCUGCUGCUGACGGACCACGAGGGUUCCCUGGAGCUGAGCAGCCUGCGCCGCGUCGCCGACAACGCCCAGAAGCAGUACCUGCGCUCCCGGCCCGGCCCCUCGCCCGAGUCCAUCAAGAGGGCAAAGGACCUGGAUGUGUCCCAGCUGGGCAUCCACCCGCUCUUCAGUGCUCGCUUCGAAGACACGGAGCUGGAGAGGCUGAAGUUCGUGGACAGCAUUAAAACCUACAAGUCCAAGGCGACCAUCUUUGAGAUCAACGCCACCUCCCGCACGCUGGCCAGCUCCGUGAUGCGCUCCAAGCGGCGCCACGACCGUGCCCUGAUCGAGAAGUUCCAGCGUGGGCAGCAGGAGAAACGGGCAGCAGCUCUCAAAGGGCAGGGGCUGUGCCCAGACCCCCCCAGACCCCAGGAGGGAGGAGGAGGAGGAGAGGAGGAAGACCUCCAGGACGUGUUCUCCAACGUGGUGGGCCAGAAGCGAAAGCGGGGCCGAGGGGGAGAAGACGGUGCCAGGAAAAAGCCGCAGCAGCCGGCACAGCAGGAUCAGGACUUCUACAUCCCUUACCGGCCCAAGGACUUUGAGAGCGAGAGGGGGCUGAGCGUGGGCGAGGGCAGCCCCUUCGAGCAGCAGGCAGCUGGAGCUGUCCUGGAUCUCAUGGGCGAUGAAAACCACAACCUCAACAAGAACAAGCAGCUGCUGAAGUGGGACCGCAAGAAGAAGCGGUUUGUGGGGCAGACGGGCCAGGAGGACAAGAAGAAGGUGCGAACAGAGAGCGGGCGCUACAUCAGCAGCUCCUACAAGAACAACCUCUACGAGAAGUGGAAGCAGAAAUACAAGGUCGAUGAGCGGGAUGAGGGCGAGGAAGACAACCGAGGCAGGCAGCAGUUCCGAGGGAAGCACAAGCACGGGCAGGGACAGCCCCCCGCCCAGGGCAGGGUGCGCUCGGAGCUGAAGAACAAGCAGCAGAUCCUGAAGCAGCGCAAGAAGGCGGCCAAGCAGCGGUUCCUGCAGAGCGGGGGGCUGAAGCGCCUGCGGGCGCGGAACCGGCAGCGGGUGCAGCAGCUGCGGCAGAUGGCCUUUGGGCGCAGGGUGGCGGGCGCCAAGAAGGGCAAGCUGCGGAAGAGGGUCUAGGGGAGGGGGCUGUGCCCCACCUGACUUCCUCCCUACUUCCCCACCGUCUGGGCUUCGGCGCCAGGGAAGGAGACAUUAAAUAUUUUGGCUGGUUUUGCA